GUAUCCGUAGAUCACAGCCGAUAGAUGAAAACUUUUACUCAGAGGGGAAAACCUCACUGGAGCAAAAUGAACUUAUAGUGUCACUGGACAUUCCAUUCAGCAGUAAGGGGCAAUACAUGCACACGUAUAAACAGUCAAGACGUCAAGACUGUGACAUUGCUGCUGUCACAUGUGGCUUCAGAGUAGAUUUUGAUGAAGGAGUGAUUGAAAAGAUGAUCUUGUGCUAUGGAGGUGUUGCCCCAUCAAUGGUCAAUGCCAAGAACACGUCAAGGAGUCUUAUAGGAAGACGCUGGGAUGAAGACAUGCUAUCUGUAGCCUGUGAGUCUCUCAAGCAGGAGCUAGUUGUCACCUGGGUUGACAACCAGGUUGGUGCCUUGCUGGAGUACAAGCAGAGACUCAUCACAGGCCUAUUCUUCAAGUUCUACAUGAAAGUUUGUGGUGAAGUGCAGGCAUCAGUGUUACAAUCACCAAUCAAGAGUGACCUGUCUACGUGGGAAAUAGAGAGAGGCUUACCAAAAAGCUCACAAGUGUAUGAGAUUGUAGACAGCAACCAGCCUGCUGAUGAUCCUAUAGGUAGACCCUUAAUUGGUUCAUGUGUCAGCACUAGAGCAAGCAACAGGAGAGGCACUCUUCUGUGAUGAUCUUCCCCCUCUAAGAGGAGAACUAUUUGCGGGGCUGGUAACCAGCACUAGAGCCCAUGCAAGGAUUGUGUCUGUGGACCCUCAAACUGCCCUUGCCACCUCUGGUGUGGUGUGUUAUUUCGAUCACCAUGAUAUCCCCGGUAAAAAGUAUUUUGGACCAAUCACUGAGGAUGAACCAAUCUUCGCUAUUGACGAGGUGGAAAGUCACGGGCAUAUUAUUGGCUGUGUUGUGGCUAAGAAUCGAGAGUUGGCACGAAAGGCAGCAGCAAGUGUCGUGGUGCAAUAUGAAGACCUUCCUGCCGUUCUUACUAUUGAGGAUGCAAUUGCAAGCGAAUCUUUCUACCUUACCAUGAAUAAAAUCAUAAAGCGUGGCGACAUCAAUGCUGGGUUUAAAGCCGCAGAUGUCGUGUUGGAGGGAACAUUCAAGAUGGGUGGGCAGCAGCAUUUUUACCUGGAGCCUCAAUCUUGUGUAUGUGUCCCGGGAGAGAAACAGGAAAUGAAUGUGUACGUGUCAUCUCAGUCUAACAAACUAAUACAGGAUUGGAUAGCUACUACAUUGGCAAUUCCUUCUAACAGGAUCAUUUGUCGCCAGAAGCGUGUUGGCGGUGCUUUCGGUGGGAAAGAAAUUCAAUGUGCAUAUGCUGCCAUUCCUGCUGCUUUAGCUGCUUAUAAGACUGGAAAGCCAGUCAGACUUAUUCACACCAGGGAGGAAGAUCUUAGCAUAACUGGUGGAAGACACCCAUUGUUGGCCAACUACAAGGUGGGCUGUGAUGCAGAUGGAAAGAUUCUGUCCUUGAAGUGCAAAAUCUACUUGAAUGCUGGACAUGCAAAAGAACUAUCAGUAGCUGUACUAUGUAAUGCAUUUUUUGCAACUGAUGGUUGCUUUAGGCUUCCAAACCUUCACCUUGAGGGUAUUUGCUGUAAGACAAACCUACCAUCAAACACAGCAUUUAGGGGAUUUGGACAACCUCAGGGCCAAAUGUUGAUCAACUGGAUAGUGAGUGCGAUAGCUGAGAGAUUGCAGCUUCCAUACCUACAGGUAGUUCAGAGCAACCUUUACCGCGAAGGUGACAUCUCUGCGUUCAACAGUCUGAUUGAGAGUGAUGGACUGCAUCGGUGUGUCGAGGAGUGCAGGCAGAUGAGUUCUUAUGAGGAGCGUUUAGCUGCUGUCCAUGAAUUCAACAGGGAGCACCACACAAGAAAGCAAGGCAUUGCGUUGCAGCCUUGCAUAUUUGGAUUACCUUUCUUCGUCAAGGUUUUGAACCAAGUAAGCGAUGUAAAACGUACAAUGCUUUAG